UUAUAUUGGCUGUUAAAAACAUUGAUGUAAAUGAAUUAAAUUUCAAAAUUCAAGAACAAAUUACAGGUGAAUCGAGGAUAUAUAAAUCAGUUGAUUCGGCAACUAACCAAGAUGAUGUAGUCAACUAUCCACCUGAAUUCUUAAACUCGCUGGAUUUACCAGGAUUGCCACCUCACAAUCUUCAACUAAAGGUUGGAUAGGUAGUUAUAAUGUUGCGAAAUAUCAACCAACCGCGUCUGUGCAACGGCACACGGUUAGCGAUAAAAAAAUUACUGAACAACGUGAUAGAAGCAACUAUACUGAAAGGAAAGUAUAAAGGAGAGGAUGUUCUCAUACCGUGCAUCCCAAUGAUUCCGACUGAUGUGCCAUUUGAGUUUAAACGACUACAGUUUCCAUUGCGGCUUGCUUUUGCUAUGACUAUAAACAAGUCCCAGGGGCAAUCAUUAAGUGUUUGUGGUAUUAAUUUGGAAAACCCAUGUUUCUCACAUGGUCAAUUAUAUGUUGCCUGUUCCCGUUUUGGGAAACCAUCAGAUUUGUUUGUCUAUGCGCCAGGUGAUCAAACAAAAAACAUCGUAUACCACAAAGCACUACAAUGAAAAUAUAACUGAUUUUUGUUAAUAAUUAUAAUUGAAAUGAUUAACAAUAAAGCAAUUACUUACUUAUAAAUGCUUAUAUAUGUUUUAUUUAAUUAUUUUUUAUUCACACCGCCCUAACACCAGGGUGACGGUUCUGUUCAGGAGAAUUUUUCACCUCGAAUAUAACAUGGGUAGGAAAAAAAAAAUUGCAAAAUUAAAAAUCUAGAGUACGGUGACGGAGAGGUGAUACACAAAUAUUUAAUUAUAGUUGGUAUUUUUAUUCAUUGAAGAGGUACGAUUUUUAACGGGCAACGAAAGUGGAAUCAACGUACAGCCAAAACUACUGAUUUUUUUUGAAUUUCGCAA